AUGCAGAGACACCACGACUUCAGUCUGUACUCACAUAGCUAUUAUACAUCACAACCCAACUGUCUACAAGACAUCAACAACAACAAUGAUGAGAAUAUGAUUCUUGAUGAUGUUGAUAUAAAGACUUUGAAAGAUGAAGGUGUACAGUGUGACCCUGACCCUCUGCUACAGGAGAACCUUGCCUUGAAGAAGGAGUUAGACGACCUCAAGAGAGAACGCUCCAGAUACAUUUGGAAUGUAGAGAAGGUUGCCAACGAUGAUGCCAAGACAAAGUUUUACACUGGGCUGCCUUCUUUUGCAGUGUUUAUGUGGCUUUUCAACUCCAUCAGACCAAAGGCAGAGAGAAUGAGGUACUGGAUUGGCUCCAACACAUACCUGACAGCAGACAGACAGAGGAAAUCUAAGAGGUCAUUGGAGCUGGUUGACCAGUUACUUGCUGUCCUUCUUAGACUUAGACUAGGACUGUUUACCUCUGAUAUUGCCCAUAGAUUUGGUAUAUCAGAGAGUACUUUUUCCAAAUAUUUUCCACCUGGAUUUCUUUACUUGCAUGUGAACUGAAAUCUUUAAAUCCAUUUCCUGCACGUGAUAUCA